AUGCACGGGAAGCUGCUGCCGCUGGCCGGCCUCUACCUGGUGCAGGGCUUGCCUUACGGGCUGCAGGCGGGUCUGCUGCCGGUGCUGCUGCGGGCCCGUGGCCUCUCCCUGACCCGCGUGGGGCUGGCCAAGGUGCUAUAUGCACCCUGGCUAUUCAAGCUGCUGUGGGCCCCGCUGGUGGACACGCGGGGCUCCCCGAGGGCCUGGCUGGCGCUCAGCACAGCGGCCCUGGGCUUGGUGUGCGGGCUCCUGGCAGCGCUGCCUCCUGCCGAGGCUGGCCGGGCCGGGCUACCCACCACUGCGGUGGGGCUGCUGCUGCUGCUGAACCUGGUUGCCGCUGUGCAGGACGUGGCCCUGGACACGCUGGCCGUGCAGCUCCUGGAGCCGGCUGAGCUGGGGCCUGGCAACACCGUGCAGGUGGUUGCUUACAAGCUGGGAGCAGCGCUGGCUGGGGGUGGGCUGCUGGCCCUCUUGCCCACCCUCUCUUGGCCGCUGCUCUUCCUGCUCCUGGCUGCCACCUACUGGCUGGCUGCUGCCCUGGCCUGGGCUGCACCAGCCCUGCGCCAGCUGCCACAGCCUCAGCCCUCAGGGCCUCCUCGCCACGCACUGCGCCUCCUGCAGGAUUUGCUGGCUGUGCCUGGGACCCUGUGGACAGCAGGCUUUGUGCUCACCUACAAGCUCGGUGAGCAGGGAGCCAGCAGCCUAUUUCCGCUCCUCCUGCUGGACCGUGGUGCUUCAGCCCUGGAGCUGGGGCUGUGGAAUGGUGUGGGCGCCAUGGCCUGCUCCAUUGCCGGCUCCUCCCUGGGUGGGGCCCUGUUGUCCAGGCACUGGCAGCCACUGCCCCUGUUGAGGUUAGUGCUGCGGCUCCGCCUUGGCGGCCUGGCCUGCCAGACUGCCCUGCUCUUCCACCUGGACACACCAGGGGCCAGCCUGGGCCAUGGCACAGCCCUGAGAGGAGCAGCCUUGCUGAGCCUGUGUCUGCAGCACUUACUAGGGGGCCUGGUCACCACUGUCACCUUCACUGUGAUGAUGCGCUGCAGCCAGCUGGCAGCCAGUGCCCUGCAGGCCACCCACUACAGCCUCCUGGCCACUCUGGAGCUGCUGGGGAAGCUGCUGCUGGGCGCCCUGGCUGGGGCCCUGGCCGACGGCCUGGGGCUGCGUCUCUGCUUCUCUUUCCUCCUCGCCCUCUCAGCCCUGCCCCUUCUGGGCCUGGGCAUGGCACCCAGCACCCUGGCCUGAGCUGGCAGCUGGACUGGUCAAUAAAGCCGACUGUGCCUGAGGCCCAGAAGCCUG